UUAGCCACUCAGCUAGCCUCCAUCGUUCGCAGGAAUGGCAACAGAAAGGGUGGGAAGGAUGAAGCUCUCGGUUCUCAAGGCCUCGAGGGUUUCAGCACAAGGUCUUGGCUGCAUGGGUAUGUCCGACUCCUAUGGUGCUCCCAAGCCCGAACCCCAUAUGAUCGCCCUCAUCCACCAUGCCGGAAAUUCUGGCAUCACCUUCCUCGAUACUUCUGAUGUAUACGGUCCCCACACCAACGAAAUCCUUCUCGGUAAGGCUUUGAAGGGUGGACUCAGAGAUACUGUUGAAUUGGCUACCAAGUUUGGGAUUAUCUUUGUGGAUGGUAAAUUUGAGGUCCGUGGUGAUCCAGCUUACGCCCGGGCAGCUUGCGAGGCCAGCUUGAAGCGUCUUGGAGUUGAUUGUAUUGAUCUUUACUAUCAGCAUCGGAUUGACACCCGUGUGCCCAUCGAAGUCACGAUGGGGGAACUAAAGAAAUCGGUUGAAGAAGGUAAAGUGAAGUACAUAGGUCUUUCUGAGGCUUCUGCUUCAACUAUUAGAAGGGCACAUGCUAUUCAUCCUAUAACUGCUGUGCAGCUGGAGUGGUCUCUAUGGUCUAGAGAUGUGGAAGAAGAAAUAGUUCCUACUUGCAGGGAACUUGGAAUUGGGAUUGUUGCAUACAGCCCUCUCGGGCGAGGAUUUCUUUCAUCAGGACCAUCACUAGUGGAGAAUAUAUCGGACCAAGAUUCCAGAAGGCAUAACAAACACCUCUACGAGCAAGUUAAAGAGAUGGCGACAAGGAAGGGAUGCACUCCAUCACAGCUUGCACUAGCAUGGGUCCAUCACCAAGGAAACGAUGUCUGUCCCAUACCUGGAACCACCAAGAUUGAAAAACUUGAACCAGAACAUAGGAGCUUUGUCUGCCAAACUCACUCCAGAAGAAAUGGCUGAACUUGAAGUUAUUGCUUCCAAAGAUGCUGUUCUGGGAGACAGAUACCCAUCCACCAUUCCUACUUACAAGAAUUCUGAAACUCCGCCUCUGUCUUCAUUGAAACCUGAAUGAACAAUAUAUGGAACGAUAUGUUACGAACUUUGAUCAGCUUUCCUACUAUGUAUUUAGAAUUUCAGAGAAUAAAAAUGCUUUGUGAAA